UUAAUUGACAUUAGUCAGGUAAAAUGAAAAUGACAAAAAAAAUGCUUAGCAAGCGUUAGAAUGAUUAAAUGGGUUUGAUUUGGACGAUUGUCUUAUUUGGGCGCCGUUAGGGAUCACAAAAGGUGAAAAUUUGUUUGAAAAUUUGAAUUGUUAAUAGAGUAGCGAAAAUUCUUAUAAAGGAUGUAUUAGACCCACUAUAAAGUUUAUUGCUUUUUCUUCUGCUAUGAAGAACCGGGCAUAAGAAGUACAAGUGUUUUUUAAAAAUUACGAAGAUUUAAAAUUUUUAUUAUUCACAUGAAAAAACGACACCAUGAUGACACGACCUUAUGCAUCGUCUGUAACAGUCCAAACAUUGGAAGUUCUCACAGAAACGAACAAUAAAAACACGAAGAAGUUCAUUUCAACCUGCAAAGAAAGCGAAGAGAAACAAAAUGACAUAAGAAAGAAAUUUGAAUUCGAUUAUUCAAAGUAUUAUUUUGGAUCGCAACUUCGAUGGUCAAAUAUUACAUUUUUAAUCAUUUUACACAUAUUAGCUAUCCACGGUCUUCUAAAUUACGAGUAUUUAAAGUCAAAACACCACGUUUACUUAGUCCUUUGGUCCUAUUGGACAGGGUUUAUGGGGGGCGUCGGUGUCACAGCGGGGGCGCAUAGAUUGUGGUGUCAUCGGGCAUAUAAGGCUAAACUGCCCCUAAGGAUAUUCCUGAUGGGACUUUAUUGUAUGGCUGGUCAGAAUACUUUGUACGAAUGGGUAAGGGAUCACCGUAUACACCACAAAUUUAGUGAAACUAACGCAGACCCACACAAUUCCAAACGCGGUUUCUUUUUUUCACACAUCGGCUGGUUAAUGAUCAAAAAACAUCCCGAAGUAAUCGAAAAAGGACGUCAAUUAGACCUUAGUGACCUCGAGGCUGACCCUGUUGUCAGAUUCCAACAAAGGUACUUUACCGUUUUGAAACUGAUGUUAUGUUUUGUUUUGCCGAUUCUUGUGCCCCUUUAUUUUUGGAAUGUAAGCUGGUAUUGGGCUGUAAGUUCUCAAGCUUUCGUAAGGUACACCAUCAGUUUACAUGCCACAUUUUUGGUAAACAGUGCCGCACAUAUGUGGGGCAAUAGGCCCUACGACAAGAGGAUAAGACCGGUAGAAAACUUGACUGUUGCCAUUUGGAGUGCUGGGGAGGGUUGGCAUAAUUAUCACCACACGUUUCCAUGGGAUUAUAGGGCAUCUGAAAUGGGAAAGUAUAAUCCCACGACAUUUGUCCUUGACAUUUUUGCGAAACUUGGUCUCGCUUACGACAUGAAGGCUCCCUCGCAAACGUUGGUGAAACAAAUUGCAGAUAAACAUGGAGAUGGAUCGUGGGGUGAUCAAGAAAUAUCUGAAAAAGACGCAGCUGCAUUACUAAAACAAACGUGAUUUUUAAAAACGAAAUACGUAAUUGUGCAGUUGAGUCAAUUUCGGAAGGCGAAGUCUGUAAUAAAUUAUUGAACUGAUAGAGAACUCUUGUCCAUUUAGUUUGAUACAAUAAUUUACUAUAGACGUCGCCUUCCGAAAUUGACUCAACCGACUAUUUAUAUGUACAAUAUUAUAAAUGCAUAGCGCGGCCUGGGGCUGCAUUUUAGAAUGUAUUUAUUUGUGUAUAUUAUCUACAGUUUAAAUUUAUAAAAAUUAAAAUUU